AAUAGACAAGGCGGGACGUCCGUAUAUCGCGUUACUAUGGGGUUUAUGCGUUUCUUGUCAAUUCUCGUGGUCCUACUCCUUUUGUAUGAUGAAAUACUUGCUAAAUCAAAAUCAAAGGGAUUUGGAAGCUCGAAAACACUCUCAAUUUCAAAACCAAAACAUCGUUAUUCAGGAAGAUCAAGCUUUUAUUCACGUCGAAGUGGACUAUCAAAUUCUCGUAAAAAAGCAUUAUUCUUUACAGCUGGUGCUCUGGCUGGUAUUUAUAUUGGUUCACGAAUGAGAUCACAUGUGUACCUAAGAUCAUAUCGUGAUUUGUAUAAUUAUGAGGUUUGUGAAGGUCAACGCACCGAGUUCAUCAAUAGUACAGGGAUGACACGUACUUAUUCAUAUUUCCUAUGUCCUGAUAAUCCAAAUCAGCCAUUCGAAAAAUAUUGUUGCUGGGAUUCAGCAACUGGUAUGGGUGCAUGUUGUUCGUAUGAUGUAAAAAUAGGAGCUGUCGUUGGUACAGUACUUGGAACUAUGUUAUUGAUUAUAACACUCGGCUCGAUUAUAUAUUGCUGUUUUCGUUGUAAACGUCAAAGAGAGAGAGAAUCACUGAAUGUUCCAAGUGCACAGCUUACAUCACCUCUAGAUCCAGUGUACAAACCGGUAAGCAAAUCCAGAAGUUUGUCCGAGUCUAGUGACACUUCGACUGUAGAGAAUCAGCCAUUGAAUCCUGGGAAUCAAUAUCCUGUAGUCAAUUCAACUUCAUCUGUUCCUCCUGCUUAUCCUGUUUAUCCAUAUCCUCCGAACGGACAAUACGUUGGUUAUCCACAGAAUGUUGAUGUCCCUUUUACACCUGUGCCACCAGCAAUUCCAACAAAUAUGACCGGAGAAAUUGGAUUUAGUUUGGGAGCAAAUAGUAAUGUACCCUAUUCAACCACUCGACCAGAUUUCCCACCUCCUCCCUAUCCAGGUGCUCCAAUUUCAAAUGCUGAAGGAGUUCUGCCUAGCGCUCCAAGUUCAACAUGGAUGACAAAGAGUUGAAUUAUUUUUCAAAUUCCUAUCAUUGAAAGGUUUUGUUAUCGGUAACAUAUAAAAGAUGAGAAGAUUCACUUCCACUACUAUAAUUAUUAUUAUUACUAGUAUGGAUGGUAUUCAAAAAUCUUUGUCUAUCGAUUAAUUGUUAUAUGUAUAUUUUUUUCUUGUUAAUUAUGUUUAUUUCUCAAGUUUUUCCAUGUUUGAAAUUGUCUUGUUUAACAUUGUUUUGUUUUUGUUUUUUUUUAAUUCCAUUUUCUGAUGAAUUCUUUCUAGUUGUUAUCUUUGCAUUUUAAGCACAUUUAUUUUAUGUAUGAUUUAUUUAUCUCAUUUUUGUUGUGUUUGUUUUAUACAAUAAAUUAUUACUUUCCUUAUUCUCAUUAUAUUUAUAUCAGUAUAUUUUGCCAAAUGAGUUCUAUCUAUUCAUUCAGCUAUUUUUUUUUCUCUAUUAUAAUAAGAUUUAAUGGUUAGUUUCUUCCCCUCAUACACACUCUUUUCUUUUUUUCGUUACGUUUACAAAUAGUUCAAUAAAUUGGAAAUUAAUUCACACUUAUACUAUGUAUUUGAGCCUACUAUAUGAUAUCUGUUGUUGGACAAUCAAAUAUUAUUAGCAUUAAAUUGUUUUUAUUUUGCCUUUGUUUUUUUUCUUUUCUAUAAAUAUAAACUUGUUAUUUGUUGAAUUACUGAAUAAUAGGUUUAUCACUAGUACGUUCAAAUAUUGUUUAUUGCGGUGUCCCUUUCUGUCCAUUUUAGUUUCUUGCUUUGAUAAUUUCUCCAAAUAUUCAUUUAUAUUACAUUUAUUAAUAUAAACUUUUACUGUCAUUCUACCAGUUUAAGUAUUACUAUACUAUGUAUUAUUAAUUAAACUUUAUUAUAUUUUUAUUCAGUUAGUUGUGUUUGGUUGUUCAUUUAUUUCUGUUCAGCAAAUGAAGAGAUUUACAUUGAACAAUUUAGAAAGAAACAAAAAGUCCUCGCACAAUUAUUAAAAGCUUAUAAUCAGUUAUUCAUUUUUUUAAUUUGUAUUUUUUGCUUUAUUAAAUUUUAUUAAAUAAUAUUUUACAAAAAGA